CACCCCUUUGGUGAGAUUAGUACAAUAGCUCUUGAGUGAGUCUGUUGCAAACAAGAGCGAAGAAAUAAAUUCGGAGCUUGUCCAGAGCUGGAGGUCUGUUGGGUUUGGGUCUGUACCCCAUCACAAGAACAACUGUGUAUAUAAAGAGUAAGCAAGUGAGAACCAAACUGUCACAGGCCUUUAAUCACUGGCUGAAUGUUCCAGAAGAUAAAAUACAGGUCAUUUGAGGACAAAAACAAGACCCUGUCAUCUUUUAAUCUGCAUCCUGACACAAUUAUUACUGCUUUUGUGCAUACUUGUACUUCUAAUAACUUAAGGUUGUUGAAGUCUGGAGGACUCUAGUCAGUUCUUUGACAUAUCUCAUAAUCUUCUCAAGAUGUCCCAGGUGUCUAGCAGCCUGAUUCCCUUCCAGCUAUUUGUAUUUUUUAUUAGAAAUCUGAAUUCUGGCACUUGUUAUGGGACAUUUUUUUUACCUGAGAUAAUUUGUUGUCUUGUAGUUUAUUUAGAUCAUACAGUUGAGGCUACUGUUCCUUGGUAGUUGAUUUUACUAUUGGCUGCCACCAUUUCACUUUUUUCCAGCCAAGUGGUCUCUUUUUUCCCUUACUGCAUCUCUAGUACCCAUCUGAUGCUGCACUGAGACGUUUCAGCUUGUAGAAUUGGUUCAUCUGACAAACCCAGUGUUUUCCUUCUAAGGAGGCACUGAAAUGGCCUAGUACAGGGCCAAGCAAAUCUUAAAGCUAUUGCAGGUAAGGAGGUAGAACUCUGUGUUGGAAUGAUAGUGCUGCAGCCGCUGAUUAGAUAGGCUUAGGUUGUAAGAAAGCAUAAUACUCUGUACUGGUUCUUCAGCCUUCAUUAUGAAAAGUAUUUUUUUAUUUCUUCAGGCUAUGUCCUGUUGUCUUCUGAAAUAACCUUUUUCUGCUGUCUGAACUUUUUCACUCUUUACUUUCACCUUCGAAGCAUUUUUGACACUGUCUUAAGUUCACAAGAUAACUUAAUUCAAACAGACAUGAAGCACUGUUUCAAUUAAACCUUAAGUGUCUAGAAGUUGCAAAAGUUCAUGAAACUGACAGUGAUUAUAAAAUAGGUUAGCAAGACGAAUGCUAGAAUAGGUUUAUCCAAGUAAUUCACAGAAUAGAGGGAAACUUUCCUGAUAAUACUGAGAACUACAUAAAGGACUAAAAAAAAAUUCAGACAAAUAGGUAUGCAAAGUUGCUUUCAAUAAGUACUCUAUUGUCUGAUCUAAAGUCAAUGGACAACAACAGGUCAAAGUAGGGCUCACUUCUAACUGGUAGAUGAGUCAUUGGUGCUUUUUUAAGUAGGUUGUUCUUGCAGUCACAUCUUGGACAAACAAUUAGAUUGCUGGGUUUUGGGUUUUAAUCUUUGGGACAGUGAUCACUGAACACUAGGUGGCUUGCAGCUCAAAAAAGUGCUUGCAGCAAAGUCCCUCUUAGUUUUUCCUACAGCACCCACCAAAUAGGACCAUACUAGGUACUUGCCACUAUUUAAUGGUGGCCUUAGUAUUUUUUAGAGCAGUUGUUUUGAUAAAUGUUGACUGAGUGCAAUGUUUGUAGGUAGCAGGUGUAAUUGGUUCAUUAGCUUUAAAAUCAUGUUUUAAUCAGAUGUUUUGCAAUGAGUUUUAAGCAUGCAAACCUGCAUACUUGUAUAAUUUAUUUCCAUUUAAGCAGGUGCAGAGCAUACCUGUUCCUUGCAUAGCAGCUGUGCAAUAGAAACAGUGUAUAGUGUUAAAACUCUAUUUCUUGUUGAAUUGUCCUGCUUUGGAAUUGUUAAGGUUCACUUUUAGUCAACUGUAGUCAGCUACAAGCUUGAUGCUCCAAACUGUUUAUUGUGUACCUCAGAUGGUAUGUGAUACUGGUCUACCUAGUAACAAGUAAUAAGCAUGUAGGAAGCUUCCCAAAAUAAGCUGUACUGGUUGCCUUUCUGCCAAGAAUUUUCCAAAUGAUGUUUCAGAGAGAAUAGUCUGUCCUUUAAGAGCUCAGGACUGAAGAUAACUACACAGUGUGGGGAAAGAAAGAUGAACUCUCUCCACUUACCAAAACAAGGUUUACCAGACAAAUGUGUUAAUGGAUGAUACCUGACACUCUCAAGAACUGACUUUGGGAGAUCUCAGGUUAUCAUUGAAGUGACAGAGAUGUUGCACAAUGCAAGCCUACUGGUGGAUGAUAUUGAAGAUAAUUCAAAGCUACGGCGGGGCUUUCCAGUGGCACACAGUAUCUAUGGAAUUCCAUCUGUAAUCAACUGUGCUAAUUAUGUGUAUUUCCUUGGCUUAGAGAAGGUUUUAACCCUUGAUCAUCCAGAUGCUGUUAAAGUUUUUACCCGUCAACUUCUGGAACUCCAUAAAGGUCAAGGCUUGGAUAUUUACUGGAGGGAUACUUAUACCUGUCCUACAGAAGCUGAAUAUAAAGCUAUGGUACUGCAGAAGACUGGUGGUCUCUUUGGAUUAGCUGUAGGCCUCAUGCAGCUGUUCUCCAGUUAUAAAAAAGACUUAAAGCCACUUCUUAACACGCUUGGCCUCUUCUUCCAAAUAAGAGAUGACUAUGCCAACUUGCACUCCAGAGAAUAUAGUGAAAACAAGAGUUUUUGUGAAGACUUAACUGAGGGCAAGUUCUCAUUCCCAACCAUUCAUGCAAUUUGGUCAAGACCUGAAAGUACUCAGGUGCAAAACAUUUUACGUCAAAGGACGGAGAACAUAGAUAUAAAAAAAUACUGUGUACAUUACCUUGAAAAUGUGGGUUCCUUUGAGUACACUCGGAAUACAUUGAAAGAGCUUGAAUCUGAAGCCUAUAAACAAAUUGAAUCACUUGGGGGAAACCCUGAGCUUGUAGCACUAGUUGAACAGCUGAGCAAAAUGUUCAAAGAAACUGAAAACUAAAAAUUUAACUCUUGGAUUAAAACUCUUCUUAAAAUGUGGAAAAUAAAUAGACUGAGAGGUGUGAUCAUCAGUCUCACUUAAAACUUUCUCUUGUAGCCAUGUUACAGAAAUUACUGUUAAAAACAAUUUGUCACCGAGUAUCGAAAAAUAUACCCUAUUAUCUAUACAGUCUUGACCGUAGCUGCUUGCAGAUGGCUUUGUUAAAGCAAGUUUUGAAUCUAAAUGUUAUCAUCUUUACACAAUAAUUAGCAUUAUUUCAGGCAUAAACCUGAUAUCUUUAACUAGGAUAUUGAAGUUUCUGGCUGAAACUGUGUUAAAUUAUAUUGACCUGAGUGUAUUGUGCAUUUUCAAACAAUGCUCUAUUAAACCAAAAUGUACAAUGUUAAAUAACAAAAGAAGGUAUUUGCAACCAUGAUGUACAUAAAA